CCGCGUGAGCGAAGGGGGCGGGGUCCGCGCACGCCCGCCUGGCCGGAGCCGGAAGCGCACUGGGGAGAGCGUUGCGGCGGCGGUUGGGGGAUGUCGGCCGCGUGCGCCGUGUCCCGGAAGGUGCAGCCCCCGCUGCAGCCGCGGGGCGAGAAGGACCCGCCUGCCAAGGCCAUGCGCAGGGCUCCCCGGCAGGGCCCCGGGGCCGAAGAGGAGGGGGCGGCGCCGCCUGGCGGCGGCAGCAAUGGGGAGGCUCCGUUCUGCGGGGAGCAGCGGCGGCAGCGGGAGCCGCGUGCGCCGGGGGCCAAGCUGGAGGCGGAGGAGGAGCGGCUGGAACGGGAGCACUUCCGGAGGAUCAUCAACGCCUUCCGCUACUACGGAACUAAUAUGCAUGAGCGAGUGAACAGAACAGAAAGACAGUUUAGAUCCCUCCCAGCCAACCAGCAGAACCUACUUCCUCAAUUUCUUCUUCACUUGGACAAGAUUCGGACAUGCAUUGAUCAUAAUCAGGAGAUACUACAGACUAUUGUGAAUGACUGCCCACAUAUGUUUGAAAAUAGAGAGUAUAAAGAAGAUGGAAAUGGGAAGAUUAUGCCAGCUUCAACAUUUGACAUGGAUAAAUUAAAAUCUACUUUGAAACAGUUUGUAAGAGACUGGAGUGAAGAGGGGAGACCUGAGAGAGAUUCCUGUUACCAGCCAAUCAUUAGUGAAAUUAUAAAGAACUUUCCAAAAGAGAAAUGGGAUUUCUCCAAAGUUAAUAUCCUGGUACCUGGUGCUGGGCUAGGUAGAUUGGCCUGGGAAAUAGCUAUGCUCGGUUAUGCUUGCCAAGGAAAUGAAUGGAGUCUCUUUAUGCUCUUUUCUUCUAACUUUGUACUCAACAGAUGCUCUGAAAUUAAUUCCUAUAAACUUUAUCCGUGGAUUCAUCAGUUUAGCAAUAACCGGAGAUCUGCUGAUCAGAUACGACCAAUUAAUUUCCCUGAUGUUGACCCCCACAAUCUUCCUCCUGGUGCAAACUUUUCUAUGACUGCAGGGGAUUUUCAGGAAAUUUAUUCUGAGUGCAAUGCAUGGGACUGUAUAGCUACCUGCUUCUUCAUAGACACAGCACAUAACGUUAUUGAUUACAUUGAUACAAUAUGGAAAAUACUCAAGCCUGGAGGAAUAUGGAUAAAUUUAGGUCCUCUCCUUUAUCACUUCGAAAAUUUGGCAAAUGAACUUUCUAUAGAGUUGAGUUAUGAGGAUAUAAAAAAUGUUAUAUUACAAUAUGGAUUCCAUAUAGAGGUAGAGAGAGAAUCUGUUUUGUCCACGUACACUGUGAAUGAACUCUCCAUGAUGAAAUACUACUAUGAAUGUGUGUUGUUUGUAGUUAGGAAACCAGAAUAGCAGUGUUUCAAAGAGAUUCUUUGGAAAAAAUGUUGGAGUUAGUGCUAGAAUUGACAAAAUGGACUGUGGGUAAUGGCUGGACACAACCUCAAAUCAGUGGUGCCUUCUUAUUCCUAACAUAAUUUAGAUAGUGUCUAUUUUCUUAAUCUGUAUUGCUAUCCUGACGUACUAUGCCAUGCAUAUUUGUACUGCAGUAGUGAAAAUGGAGGGGAAAAUGUUCACAAUACACUGUCUUUGUGCUUUAGAAAUCAGAAGUCAUAAAAACCUCCUAUGGUUUCAAUGCAUCUGCCAUGAGUCUGCCCAUACAAGAUUGACUUUAUAUAUUCUGUCUGUUGUCUUUCAUAAAAUUCCAAUGGCUUUCAUUUUUUUUCCUGUUGAUUUACAAAUAAUCAAGAAGUUUGCAUAGUACAAACUCUGCCACUCUGAGAGAAGCAUUUCUAAACAAGCAAUCUUUUAUUUUUAAAAGGUAUGAAGUCGAGUUGUUGAAAAGUGGUAAAAUGCUUUGUGAAAGCAGUUCAUAGUGACCUUUAUAAACCUUGAAACUAUUUUCUGUAGGACUGAGGAAAUAAAUAAUAUAGAAUAGUUUCGGAGCUGUAAUUUUCUCAGCCCUUAGGUUCACCAGUCUGUUCAAAGCAACUAAUCUAUAGCCAAUUUAAAAUACUGAUUGGUUAAAGUAGCUUGUCACAAUGGAGCCCUAGUACAUAAGCCUCAAGCCAGAAGACCUGCCCUGAUGUGUCAGGCAUUUGGCCCACUUGAAGUUCAUUAGUUUAAUUUAUCUGUUCGUUAAGCCAAUAUUUUUGAAGCAAUAUUUUUUUGUUAGAGAUCAUUAAACAACAGAAAAUGUUCCUUUUUUAAGGAAAGCAGUUGAACAUAAUUGAGACAGCUGUGCCACUGUUACCAUUAAUAUGAACAUGGAAAAAACUGUAUAAAUCAUGCAUUUUUAGUAAGAGCUUCUAUAUCUAUUCAACAUUUAUAGGUCAGUUGUUAGAUACUUGACUGGAACUUUAAGGCAAUUUACCCAUGCUACACUAAAUCUACCUCUAAUUUUGUUAUUUCUUUAUGUUAAGUUGCCUGGUAAUUUUAUACAGGAAAGCUUCUGUCACUUUUGAAGUUAUACAUAUAUUUUCAGUGAAAAAAAUAUUAAAAAAUAUCCUGUGUUUAGAAGAAUCAAAUUAGCUACUUAGUUUUCUUGACAUUGACAUCAUUAACUUAGCAACAUUGUCAUCCAUUUUUAAAAAUCAUUUAAAAUGAAAAAGGCAUUAUGGGGAACUGAGGCUUUUUCAGUGGGUUUCUUGCUAAUGGCACUGGAUUAUAAUGUGAUUUUUUUUUUUUUUUUUAACUCCAGAAGCAUAAUAUGAGAAAAGUGUGCCCAGAGCAGUCCUCUUAUUCUUUUUCCCACUAGGCAGUACAGAGAAACAACAGCAAGCAGCAUCAUGGAUGAUGUGCAAGGUGGUCUGGGAAUGACAGAUUUCCAGAAUGGCAGUGGAGGAAACUUUUACUCCUUUAUUUUUGCUGCCAAAGCCCAUGUCGAGAUGCAAAAAUCUGCUGAUUUUUGUGGCGAAACUGGGAUCAGUUCUUCCCCCAGCAGCAGCAAAUGUCAUUGCUGAUAUUUUAAAACUAGGAUUCUCAGAACACUUGCUUUCUAUGACACAAGAUGCUCCAUGCUGCUGCAAUGUACAGCUGGGAAGUGUAAACCCAGUGGGGUACAGGAGGUGCUCUUCCCCUUAGGUGGCACCUGGGUCAGAUGCCCCACUAACUCACCCCAUGUUAUGGUACUGUUAAACUCCAUUGCUUUCAUCUAACUGUGACCCCCUUCUCCUGGAAUUUGCUUGGCUGCAUCUUUUGUAAGGCCAUUUCUAGCUUUAUCUUUUUUUCAGUAAGGCAAGUAUAUUGUGCCUCUGGAUUUGCUUUAAUUUACCUGGGAAUUUUAAGUUAUGCUUUUUUCGUUUUGUUUUGUGGAUUUAUUCUAUUUUUAUUAUUAUUAUUAUUACAUAAAUACUAUCUAGAAGCAGAAAGCCUAUAGACAUAGUUUAAACUCAGGAUACCUGCCAAUGAGAAGUAUUAGACCAACAUUGUCUGUAAAAGUUUAUUUGUCCAGAGCCUGGACUUUCUGUUUUUACUAAAAAAAGUAUUAAGGACAUUUUUUUUGCCUUAAAACAAACUAACAAAAAGGCUAAAAUUUGCCCAGCCACAAGUAACGUUUAUUGAAACCUGAUUUGUACUGCCUUUCAAUGAAACAGAAACUUUCUGAUUUUAUAAAGCAACAGAUGGUUUCCUGUAGCUUUCAUUCCCUUGUGGUACAAUCUGCUCUAAUGCUUUUACUAUGAACUUCUCAUAGAAGAAAGAUACAUUUCAAUAAAAUGCUACUAAUAUUUUAAAAUCCCUUGAAAUAAGGCAUGGUCAGGGUAAAUACUGAUCAUAAAGUUUCUGAACACUUAGUUGUGUAAUAUUGCCUGUUCUGCCUGGUCUCUUUCUUUUUAUUCAGUGGGCAUUUCUCCUGUAAAAGAGGUAUUCCCAUUUUUACGUGUGUAAAUUUGUACUACCCUAGUGACUGAUACACAAGAAUUUUUUCUCUUUCUCAGUAUUGUUUUUCCAUUCCCCCGACUGAAAAAUGGCACAUUUGACACUAAGCCCCUUCUGGGAAACAUCAGUGUUCUUCAUUCUAAAUACCUGUUAGAUAUACAACAGUAUGCCCUUUUACUUUCAAUUUAGGGAAUAUCAAUUCAAAUACAAGUUUCCAUAAACUUUCCUUUCAGAAAUAUAGGAGUUAUAUUGAGAGUUGGAGGAAAUGUUAUCUUCCAGAUAAAUCAUAUGAAUUGGUGAUCCUCCAUCUCUAUUCAAAUGUACUAAUUUUUAAGAUGAUCUUUUGUACAUUAAUGGACAGGGAUAAUUGUGUAUUAUUCAGAGUGUCUUAAUUCUUCUCUUUCUCAAUGUUGUAUUCACAGGGAAAAUGUGUAUAAUGAUCAGCUGAAACCAGGACAACUUAGGUCAUUAUUGAGUUGUAUGUGGUAUUGAGUGUGUAAAAUUAUAAAAAUGAGACGCUGCAUAAUCUGCUAUGUAACAUUUCUUUAUAUGGAGUAAGUUUGACAAAUGUAGUGUCCUGUAUUUUUAUUUAUAUGUAGUUCAUUCUAAAAUCAGUUACAAAGAACUGAAUUGGAAACUUCAUGUGUCUGCAUGAUUUUUCCUCUAUUUUUAAUGUGUAUAAUAACUUGAUUUUUCUUGAAAUAUUAAAGUUUGCAGAAUGAAUAAUGGA